GCAUCCCGUCCCUGGGCGGCCGCGGCCGCGCGCCCGCGCGAAGCCUGCCAUGGCCAUGCGCCUCGGCUCGCUCUGGGGCCGCUGGUGGUCCCGGGGGCACCGGGCGCAGCCGCUGGCGGCCGCCGCCGGAGCGGCCGCGGGUGCGUGCCUGGCCGCGCAGGCCCCAGGGCCGCUGCGGGCGGAGGUGCAGGAUGCCAGCGACCUGCGCCCGUACCACCUGUACUCCUGGCAGCAGGGUGGCACCGGCUGGCGAAUGUCUCGGGAAGGCCUGCGCGAGCGCAUGGUGAACAAGUUCGAGAACCCGAUGUACGAGGUGUGGCCCCAAAUGAACUUUGUGAAUCCGGACGAGCUCGUGCUGGGCCACAUCAUCCUGAACGACUCGAAGGCGAAGACGCGCAGGAAGGAGGUCGCCAACGGUGUCGUGCGCGCCAAUGCGUGUCAGAAGAUAUGGUGGGACCCCGCAGACGUGCGCGUUGCCAUCAUCAUCUGCGGUGGCCUGUGCCCGGGGCUCAACUCCAUAAUCCGAGAGGUGACGGAGUGCUUGUGGUUCCAGUACGGCGUCAGGAACAUAGUCGGCGUGCACUCGGGCUUCACUGGGCUCAGUGACCCCGAGGGGCACCCUCCAGCGGUUCACCUUAGCCCGAAGGUGACUCGCGAGAUCCACAUGAAGGGCGGCAGCAUCCUGCAGGUGGGGUGCGGGGGGCGGGAGUUGGACGUCGAGGGGACGUGCGACAAUCUCAAAAAGAUGGGAGUCAACAUGUUGUUCAUCGUCGGCGGCGACGGCGCCCACAUGGCAGGCGACCUGGUCUACCAGGAGGCCAGGAGGCGGAACAUGGGGCUCAGCAUCGUCGGUGUGCCCAAGUCCAUCGACAACGAUUUGCUCUUAUUUGAGAAAACGUUCGGCUUCGACACUGCGGUGGGCGCUGCAUGCGGCGUCAUCAGCAAUGGUUGGGUAGAGGCGGUAAGCUGCGAUAAAGGCGUCGGCGUAGUCAAGCUUAUGGGCCGAGACUCGGGCUUCCUUUGCAUGGAUGCCGCCCUGUCCUCGAACAUAGUGGACCUGUGCCUCAUUCCAGAGGUCUCUUUCAAGAUGAAGGAUGUGAUGGACCAUGUCGAGUCUACGCUCGAUCGCAAGAACUUCAUGGUGAUCGCUGUGGCGGAAGGCGCCGGUAGGGAGCACGUCGUGACAGGGGACGUUGAUGCAGAGGGUCAGCCCGUCUACGGCGACAUCGGCGAACACCUCAGGGAUGCUAUCAACAGCCAUCUUAAGCCGAUGGGUGGAAGAAGUUUCUAUCCUCGAGGUGGACGUUCCAUGAGGGUGUGA